AUUUUUCCACUUUGCUCCACUGGAUUCAAUAUCGUCAUCAUAUUUAUUGGAUUAAAUUAAUUAUUCAGAAAAUCUCAAUUAAAUUACGUUUAAUUAAAAUGCAUCACCUUGAAAUAUUUUUGGUAGUUUUAUUUUCGUUCUCAUGCGUUAAGUCGCAAUCAGAUCUGGUCGCUGUUAAAGCGAACGCCACACUUCCGAAGGGACGAUUCGGAACGUGUGCAAUUUUUGACGGGCAGAAUUCAAUCUUCAUUUUUGGAGGUCGUGGAAAUUUGAGCGAAGAAUUUAGUGACAUUUUGAAAUACGAUAUCAUUAGUGAUACGGUCCAAGUGGUGGCUUCCUUGCCGAGGACGCUCUAUUCCGGAACGACAUCCAUUGAUAAGGAUGGAAAUGUGUACUACAUUUCGGGAUUCGGCUUAGCGAGCUUUUCCAGGGCGAUAUACAAAUUCACUCCAUCCUCUCAAAAUGUCGAAGUAGUUGGAUACAUUCCCUCCGCAAAUUACGCCAGCAGUGCAAUAACUGUUGCCGACACGGUUUACAUUUUCGGCGGUGAAUUGGACGUCUUCGGUCUCAUCACUUUCAACAUGUCGACGAAUGCGACGCAGAGAGUGACCAGUCUGCCGAAUGCGUACCACCCAAUCGCCACGUUUUAUCAUGCCGCGUCACAAUCCGCUUUUGUCUUUGGGGAUGACCGCCUCUCCGACUCAGAUCUUGAUUCCGUCGCCCGAUUUGACCUGAACACUCUACGAGUUACGGAGUAUGGUCCGAGGUCUCUUUUGAAGAUUGUGGAUCAACCGGCGGCCGUGACGGAUGGGAAACUUGGCUACAUAAUUGGAGGAUUUUACGGAAAUAUGAGUGCAGGAUUUGGAUCCGAUGGAAUUAUUAGGUUUGAUCCCGACACGAUGAUUGCCUCGUUAGCGGCGGUGAAUAACUUUCCUGUUUAUGCGGAUAAUUUGUUUGCGGGGACGAGUGCGGUCUGGGUGGAGGAAACGAAUAGGAUUUAUUUCUUUGGGGGAGCGUCAAAAGAUGGGGCUGGAAUUAUAGGAGAGGUUUUCGAUUCGAUUUGGUAUGUCGAUUUGACGCCGAGACAGGUGACCGAUCCAACGACGCAAGCAACCACGACGACGACGGCGAGCGAGACAAGCACGGUAGCCACAACGGUAACCACGAUGACGCCAGAAUUAACGACUACGAUAACACCGGAAUCGACAACCAGGGUAACGCCAGAAUCAACCACUACGCCAGGCACUAUUCCCACGACACCGGGGUCCGCGAGUGCUUUGAGGACUUCGUAUUUUAUCCUUUUUCUUUCUCUUCUACUCGUCCAGUAAUGAAAUUAAUUAAGAAGGGUAGUGUUUUUGCACCAUGUUCUUGCCUACACAUCGAACUUAUAUACUUAUAAAUAUUAUAUCAGUAUGUGCUUAUGAAAACUAUGAAAUCUUACCACAGAAUAUAGAUUCUACUAGAAUCUAUAUUCUGUGAAAUCUUACUAGGAUGUUACGUAUAAGUUGACUAUUUUGUAGGAAGUAAAGAUCCCUAAAUAAAUAUUGUGUUAAUAAGGAAAAAUAAUAAUGUUACAAAUAAAAAAUUUAAAAAUAACAAUGUCAUAGGUGUAUGAGUAAUAUAUAAAUCUAAUUUAAAUAAUCGCAAAAAUAAAUCAUGUCAUUGUAAUAGCAUAACUUACACAUGUAUAUAUGGUAUGUAUGCGCUGUUGAAAUGAGCAUAAAUAAACGUAAGUAAGUAAACGUA